AGAGAGAAGAGAGAAGAGAGAAGAGAGAAGAGAGAGGAGAGAGAACCAAAGAACAAAUAAUAGUGAAGCAGAAGGUGUCUGUGGCUCUGUGGGAGUGAUUGGGAUUUGGCCAUUUGGGUGUCGUCGUCCCAGCAUUUCUUUCUGGUAGUGGGGUUGUCCCCAGGUUGAGGAUCACUCUGAACUCUGCAUGUGCACUUGUUGAAUAGUUUUUAUUUUUGGGCUCUCAGAGUCUUUAGUUUUUCUUAUAAGUAAUCUCUGAAAUGAUGGAGAGAAAAUAAACUCGAUCCGCUUCCUACCCAACUGACUUUCAGGUUAUAUAGUCGGGAUUUGAUGAGGAUUUCCAGUGUUUGUUAAGGAUUCUUUGAUUGGUUCUCCUCUUUCUCCUUCCCAUCUUCUCAUUUCUUCCUUUCCUCUUGUACUUUGCUGUGGCAUUUCAGGGAAUUUUGUUCUGUUCCCAAUGAAUAUUUCUAUCCUCUGUUUCUGAGAGAGCUUGUUGGGUUUCGGAUUUGUUUUCCUCAUUUUUCCUGGGUUGUUGUCUUUGGGGAUCUCUUUCUUUCUCUCCGACAUGUGGGUUUUUAUUCUUUGCCCCCUCAACAAAAGCAUCUGUUUGUUGCUUCCUUUUGAUCUCUGUUCCUGAUUCUUGAGAGACGGGUUUGUGUUGGAAAGCGGCCAUGCGAGGAGAACAGAAUGUGUCUUUUAAUGGUUCUCUGCUUCACGUGACCUUAUCCACAUAAGUAGGCCUUUCGAUGUCUUUGUUUUUGAAAUCGCUUUACUAUGAAUGGCUGAUGGGUACAAGGGUCCCUUGCUAGAUAGACGGUAGAUCCUCUUACCAUUUUAGUAAGAUGGAAUCUGGUAAUGACUUCUACUCAGUCGACGAGUUCCGUUUGGAUGCCAAGUGGCUGAUCGAUCCCAAACAUCUAUUUGUUGGACCAAGAAUUGGAGAGGGAGCUCAUGCCAAAGUAUACGAAGGAAAAUAUAAAAACCAGAAUGUUGCUAUUAAAAUUGUCCAUAGAGGCGAGACCCCUGAGGAGAUUGCUAAGAGAGAAGCACGGUUUGCAAGAGAGGUUGCAAUGUUGUCCAAAGUUCAGCACAAAAACUUAGUUAAGUUUAUUGGGGCUUGUAAGGAGCCUGUUAUGGUGGUUGUAACUGAGCUUUUGUUGGGAGGUUCAUUGCGUAAGUAUCUGCUGAACAUGCGGCCCAGGUGCUUGGACACACGUGUAGCAGUUGGUUUCGCACUUGAUAUUGCUCGGGCAAUGGAGUGCUUGCACUUACAUGGCAUUAUUCACCGUGAUCUGAAACCGGAAAACUUGAUAUUAACUGUAGACCACAAAACAGUAAAACUUGUGGACUUUGGUUUAGCAAGGGAGGAGUCAUUAACAGAGAUGAUGACUGCUGAAACAGGAACAUACCGAUGGAUGGCACCAGAGUUGUAUAGUACGGUGACACUGAGGCAUGGGGAGAAGAAGCAUUAUAACCACAAGGUGGAUGCGUACAGCUUCGCAAUUGUCUUGUGGGAACUAUUACACAACAAGUUGCCAUUCGAAGGCAUGUCAAACCUGCAGGCAGCCUAUGCAGCCGCUUUUAAAAAUACGAGGCCCAGUGCAGAAAACCUGCCUGAGGACUUGGCGCUUAUUCUGACUUCGUGCUGGACAGAGGACCCCAAUGCCCGGCCGAACUUCAGUCAAAUAGUGCAGAUGCUACUCCGUUAUCUCUCAACCAUUUCACCACCAGAGCCUGUGAUCCCAUCCCGCAUUUUCAAUUCUGAAAAUGCUGUCCUUCCACCGGAGUCUCCAGGUACAAGCUCUUUGAUGGCAGUACAGGAUGGCUUAGGAGAAACCCCAAAAGCCAAGAUGGAAGACAAGUCAAGAGGUAUCUUUUUCUGCUUCAAUCAGUGUUGCUGAUCCCCCGAUGAAAAAGGCAGCGCCUCCUUUCUGUGAGGAUACCAGCCUGCAUCUUGAGGGGCUUAAUGAAUUAGAUUCUAAUUAAUCCCAGUGAAUACAUCUAGAAGAGUGUAGAUUAUCCGUCUCAGGAAGUAUCUGAGAUAUGUAGCCAAGAUAAAAAGUGCUUUGUAGCCUUUGGUAGUGGUGAAUUUACAUAAUUGUAAGUGAUCCUAAUUAACUCCGACUACUGUGAACAUUCUUCUGAUCUGAUAGAUGAUUAUGCAGCAAUCAAAAUCUAAUUUUGAUC